AUGGCCUUUACCCAGGCCUCCGCCAUGGCCUUGUCCACGGGCGGCCGUGCGGCGUCUCCACAAGACGGCACGAGGGCUCUCUUGGACGUCACCCUCGACCAAGACAGCGUCGCAGAGCACGGGGUUUACAAUGGCACCGGAUGCGCAAUGUCCCCCGAGCAAGAAUUGGAACUCCAGAAACGCGCAAGCGAAACACAAAGCUGCUACGGUCUGCAGGAUGAGCUCGAUGCCGCCCUGGAGGAAUGCGUCAAGCUCUCAAACCUCGCCGCCGAAGCCGCGUCCGGCGCCGCCAAAGGUCUGAAGUCCCGAGACGGUAAUGAACAAAAAAAGGCCGCGACUUUGGACAACUUCUUUGGCAUCAGCAACUCGGAUGAAGUUGCGGAUAACUUCCGCAGGAUCGCUCGAGGCUGUAGCAAGGACAAAGCCAAAGGCAUCAGCAUUACCUGCGCGCCGAGAGAAGAAUGCACUCUGCAGAACAGGCCACGCCAGCAGUAUGCCGCAACGGCAACCAUCCGGAAUGGCACAACGGGCAGUAUAAGGCUCUGCCGCAAGGCCUUUCAGAUGCCCGCAACCGCUGGCAAUGCCCGUCGCCGACUUCAGGUUCAAGGCCAGCAGGAGUGUGGACAGAGUCUGAGCAGUCUAGCCCAAUUAUUCGUACACGAGAUGGCUCAUACAACCUUCGCGGCGGAUGAUUUAACAUAUGAUAAAAGGAAAUCUUUGAACCUGGACGAGAACAAACAAAAACACAAUGCCGACAACUAUGCGCUGUUUGCCCGAGACAUUGCAAAUGAUUGUCCAGUCGCAGGGACUGGCGGUGAAAACCAACCCAACAGACCCAACAGACCCAAUGGACCUGGAGAUCCUGGCAGCAAACAGGGCCCUCCGAAAAGACCCUCGGGUUCUGGUAACAGUCCUUCAAAUCGUCCUCCUUCCGGAGGCAACCGUCAGCCCAAGAGGCCAUUCACAGGCUCUUCUAUAUGGUCAAUCUGGUGA